UCAGAAGUGGCCCCGAAUGGUUGAUUGACAUUGGUUUUGUUUUUCUUCAUCGUUUCAUUUACUAUAGAUAUAUAUAAUAACCAUCAUAAACCAGUACUGUGUCUGUGUAUAAUUUAUAAAUUUAACUACAACCCUCAUUCGUCAUUAUUAACAAGAUGCUGAUGGCGAUUUAUUAAAAGCGAGCCGACUGAUUAGUGUCUGGACUUGCUUAUUAUUUUUUAAAUAUAUAUUUAAAAUAAUAAAAAAAAUUAGUGUGGAAUAAGCUGAGUUUAUCACAAGGAUCAUGAAAAUGGUGUUGUCACAACGGCAGAGGGAGGAGUUAAAUAAGGCGAUCGCAGACUAUUUAAGUACUAAUGGCUAUCAAGAUGCUCUGGAAGCAUUCAAAAAAGAAGCUGAUAUGCCAGGUGAAGUUGAACGCAAAUACGGUGGAUUGCUUGAGAAAAAAUGGACAUCCGUUAUACGACUACAGAAAAAGGUAAUGGAAUUAGAGUCUAAGCUGUCUGAAGCCGAGAAAGAAUUCAUAGAGGGUGCACCUACACGAGGAAAACGUUCGUCAACAGAAUGGAUUCCCAGGCCACCUGAGAAACAUUGUUUAACUGGUCACAGAGCGCCAAUAAAUCGAGUUAUUUUUCAUCCUGUAUUCAGUCUUAUUGUAUCAGCAAGUGAAGAUGCAACGAUUAAAGUAUGGGAUUUUGAAAGUGGAGAAUUCGAACGUACCCUGAAGGGUCAUACAGACAGUGUGCAAGAUGUGGCAUUCGAUGCAUCAGGAAAAUUACUGGUGUCAUGCAGCGCAGAUAUGUCUAUAAAGAUAUGGGACUUUCACCAGUCGUUUGCAUGCGUUAAAACAAUGCACGGUCAUGACCAUAAUGUCAAUUCAGUUGUAUUUGUACCACAGGGUGAUUUUGUAGUGAGUGCCUCACGGGAUAAAACCAUUAAAAUAUGGGAAGUUGCUACGGGCUAUUGCGUUAAAACAUUGACUGGGCACAGAGAAUGGGUUAGAAUGGCAAGGGUCAGUCCUUGUGGUGAAUUAAUUGCCAGUUGUUCUAAUGAUCAGACUGUAAGAGUGUGGCACAUGGCUACUAAAGAAACCAAAGUCGAAUUACGUGACCAUGAUCAUGUUGUAGAGUGCAUUGCUUGGGCACCAGAAAGUGCGAGAGCGGCAAUAAAUGCCGCCGCUGGUGCUGACAAUAAAGGAGCCCACGAAGGCCCAUUUUUAGCCUCAGGAUCCCGUGACAAGUCGAUUCGCGUAUGGGAUGUCAGUGUUGGUGUUUGUCUAUUUGUACUACUUGGUCAUGACAAUUGGGUGCGCGGUAUCGUCUUCCAUCCUGGUGGCAAAUUUAUUGUCAGUGUGUCUGAUGACAAGACAAUGAGAGUUUGGGAUACACGUAAUAAACGUGCUAUGAAAACGCUUGAAGCACAUGUUCAUUUUUGCACUUCUAUCGAUUUUCACAAAAGCCAUCCUUAUGUGGUAACUGGUAGCGUAGAUCAGACAGUGAAAAUUUGGGAAUGUCGCUAGUCACCGAAUUUUCGAUAUUUAUUAUUAAAUAUUUUUAUUUAAAAAAAAAAAAUUUUUCUUUAUACAUAAAUAUCGAAAAUAAACUAAAUAAAAGUUUAAGUAAAUAAAACCGAGGCGAGGAAGACGAAGAUGCAGAUGCGCUUGUGGAUGUAACGUGAAUGAAUAUUUAAUAAAGGCAACGAGAGAAAGAUUAAACAAGUUAACGGCCGAAUGAGUAAGCUAAUUACAUACAACAGCUAUCGUACAUACUAUUACUAUUAUUAAAAAAAAAAUAAUAACAAUAAUACAUGAUAAACAUAUUAUUAAGGCUCUUUAAUUUAUAAUCAAAUAUAAUCUACAAUAUAUUAUUUAAUGGUAAUUUAACAAUUUAAAAAUUAAUAAUUAAACUGGAAUAAAGUUAAAAAAAAAUUCGAUCGCGGGGAGGACGCGCGUUCUUGCCCUAAGCUUUGGCAUAAUUUUUUUUUUUAUUUAUUUAUUUUUUUUUUUUUUUUUUAAAUUGAAAACCUUUCAUUUAUUUUUUAUUUUUAAACAUUACGCGACGAUCCUGUGUACAUAUAUACAUAUGCAUAUAUAUACUAACUAACAAUCUUAAAAAAAUCCAUCAGAAUUUUUUUUUAAUCUACUGAUAAUUAUAUUAUUUUUCAUUUUAAUAAAAUUACUGCUCAAGAAUAUACUUAUGAACGAUAAAUUUAAAAAUAUUUAUUUAUAUAUAUCUACAUUUUUUUUUUUAAUUUUAAAUUUAAUUCGUCGCGAGAACAUUGACUGUAUGACGUUGACGUGAGAUUUUUUUAACGUCCUCCUCAUGCUUCUUACGACCUUAAAACGCUAAAUUAAUUAAUUAAUUAUUUAAUUAAAUAAUAUAAAACCCAAAACUGUAGUGGUAUAAUCAUGAGCUUUUAUUAUUAAUUUUUAUUAACAUUUAAAAUUUAUUAAUUGAAAUAUAAAAUUUUUUAAAUACGGUGAGACGUCACGCGAGUCAAAAAAAAAAAUUUUUUUUUUAUUAAUUAACUAAUUUGAUCAAUAAUUAAUAUUUGUAAUUUGUAUAUUCAAAUAAUGCGUCACUGAUAAUUAAAGGCUUGACGUCCAUCGAGAUUAAUAAAUUAAAAGUUUAUCCAACGUAGAAAUUGAUAGAAAAAAAAAGUUUACUAAAUAAAUAAUGAGAUUUAAAAUACAAUGAAAAUGAAAAAAUAAAACAUAAUAUGCACUGCAAGAAAAAUAAAAUAAUCGUAAUAAUAAAUAAUUUGAAAAGACCUUAGUACCUUGUAGUCAUUUUUAAAAUGAAUUUAAAACAAAAAUAUUAAUUAAUGAGUUUAUUAAAUAAUAAACAGGUUUACAUUAGUUCCAUGUUCAAAUAAUUGAAUUAACUUUAGAUUGUUAGUUUAAUAAUGAAGACAGUGAAGUAGAACAAAAAUAAUAAUUUAAAAAAAAAAACACAUAUUUGACAGAUAAAUAAAAUUAAUUUUAAUCAAUUAUUUUAUUUAUAAUUAUUUUAUAAUUUAUGACACGUGCAAUUUUAUUCAAGUCACUUCGUGUCUUUUUCUACUUCUUCAUUCGUUUAAGGUUGAUUUAUUUGUUGAUAUUAAUAUUAUUUUCUUAUUUGUAGAAUACAUUUAAAAAUAUUGAAUACAGAAAAUUAUAAUUAUGAAUAGUACAUUUUUUUUAAUAAUUAUUAUUGUUGUUAAUCAAUAUUGAUCUGUUUUCCUGACUCGCGAGGCACCACUUAACAAUUAAAUGAAACUUGACAUGAUUUUUCCUCAUUUUAAAAUGAAAUAAAAUGAAUCAUUAAAAAUAAAAGAAAAUAUUUAUUUUAAUGUCAAACUACUCAUUAUUAUUUUUAUUUUAAAUAAUAUUUAUAAUUUUAAUGAGAAUUUCUAAUUGUGCCAGACGAUUAUUGCAAUAAAAAUACAUUUUA